AUGACUGAUUCUUCCCCAGCUGACACCGUGCAGUCGUCAACGCCCACUCCAGGCGUUAGACUGAUUUGCCUCAACCGGCCAGAGAAGCGCAACGCACUCUCACAGCCUCUAAUUCGCAGCCUGCUCUCCGAGCUCAGCAAUGCUUCUGCAGAUCCAAAUGUCUUUUCCAUCGUCUUGACGGGCAACGGUCCAUUCUUUUGUGCUGGUGCGGAUUUGAAUGACAUUGCCCCUCUUGAUGAAGCGGGAGCCCGAGCGUCCCGCUACCUGGAGAACCUGUGCACGGGCUUUGCGUCCGUCAAGAAGCCCAUCAUUGCGGCUAUCAAUGGGCCUGCCCUAGGCGGUGGGUUCGAGAUUGCCUUGAUGAGUGACAUCCUCAUUUCGUCGCAGCCUGCAUACUUUGUGCUUCCCGAAACAAAGAUUGGGCUCAUCCCCGGCGCGGGCGGCACCCAGCGGCUAACAGCAGCCAUUGGCAAAUACAGAGCCAUGAGAAGCAUAUUGCUUGCCCAACCCAUGACUGCCGAGGAGGCCAUGGCUGCUGGUCUCGUCACCAACGUCGUCAGCCCCGACACUCUGAUCCCACACUGCUUGGAGAUUGCGUCCAGGUUCACCGCGCAGAACAAGCAGACGAUGGCAUUUGCCAAGCAAGCAAUCUGCAGAGCGGAUGAUCUCUGCCGCGACGACCGCUUUGAGCGAGAUCUGUACUACACCGCGUUUGGAACCGACGAGAAGAAGCGUGGCGUUGAUGACUUCCUGGCUGCUCGUCGUAAGAAGGCUUAA